AUGGCUCAGUCAAGUUUUGUCUGUUUUGUCGGUGGAAAUCUUGCCGCUAACACCUCACACAGAUCUCAUGUUUUCAUGUUACCUAGAACUGUAAACAAGCUCGAUGCAUCAAAAGUAGAACAAGAACUAGACAAAUUCGCAAAAUGGGAGGAGGGCGCUGAGGUAACUCAUGCAAAAAGAAUCCCGAUUAAGAAAUUAUCGGAUUUCCUAGAUCAUCUUCUGGACACUUAUAGAGACAGUGGCAUCACAGAGGCAGAUAGACAUAAAUGGAAUGGCGUAAACUAUGCAGAGGAAUGGACGACGAAAAUUGUUGAGUGGAAAUUUAAUGCAGACUCAGCAGAUUCAUCAGGUGUCCAGGGAGCUCGAUUUGGGAUCGUUGGGUUCGCGAAAUCGGCAGAUGGAAAAUACGUCGAUUGUAUGUUGGCAAUUUACAAACUGGACUUUCGUUUGUCUCCAAAAUUAGUAAUUAAAGAAAAUGCCAUUCUUUGGGGACUUUACGUCUGGUCAACAGUCGACAAAGAGGAAAUUGAUAGAAGCAUCAGUAGAGAAGAAAUUGCGAAAUUCCAAAAUUUUUUCCGAUACAAAGCACUGAAUGAAUUUAAAAAGGAAGGGGUUAUUGAUCAAAUUUCGUAUACAGAUCGAUUGGAAUAUAAAUCUAAGAAAUGAAUUAU